AUGCCGCCAAAGCGUAGAAUUGACAGCGAGGAGGACACCGAGGAAGUUGACACCACCAGUGGAUCGGAUGAAACCAGCAGUAGUGAAGAGAAGGUGGAAAGCUAUCAGACACAAGGGACGGAGCCACCUGAGGUGAUCUUGACGAACAAUCCGAACGAUGAGCGGCACACUGUGGAUGACGCGAGGCCCGUGCGGACUCCACCAAAUCACACGUUGCGCCCGUCCCAGACAGAAAAAGAAGACUUGAGACAGAUGCAGAAGGAAGUACAGCAGCAAUCACAGGGGCAGGAACGGCAUCCGCAGCAGGCGGUGCCAUCGAGCAGUCAGUUGAAGGAACCGGUGCGCCAUCAUCCACCGCCACCGUCCGAUCUGCAGUUGCAGGCUGAAAAUGCGAUGCAUAUGCUUCGAAACAAUCCCAACGACGAAUUUGCGCCAGUUGAGGAUGCGCACCAUGUCACCACACCUCGCGGAGAUAGCAGGAAAACGGCUGAACCGGCAGGUGUAGUCUUGCGUAACGCGCCCCACGACGAGGCAAUCCCUGUUUCAGCCCGCGGCAGUUCAAUCGACACACCAAGUAAACGGUCUGGUGGGGGGGCCGGUGUAAUGGCGCCGACAGACGACGAAGAGAGCACCGAAGAAGAUGAGCAGGGCGGUGCCUCUCGCGGGUACGCCAACCAGCGACCAGAGGCCAUUGACACAGAGGCCGAGGUGCCCGCCACCGUCAUCCCAAACCUCGAGUACAAACCGCAGGACUAUGCCAAGAUAAACGCCACAGCCAGCCGCGAGAUGCAGGAGCUCUUCAAGCACAUUCUCGACUACCAGCCAGUCAUCCCCGAGCUCCCAGCGAAGCUGCGCACAUUCAUCCCAGACUACGUCCCAUCCAUCGGCGACCUCGAUCCCUUCUGCAAGAUACCGCGACCGGACGGGCGGCCAGACGGCCUGGGCAUCUACGUCCUUGACGAACCUUCUGUGUCGCAGUCUAACCCAGCGGUGGUGAUGUUAGAACUACGUGCGACGAAUAUCCACUCGAGCGGCGGCUUGGCAGAAGUGGUGGACUCAUUCGAGGACGCCGCAAACCGACCGGAAGUGAUCGAUCGCUGGAUUGCAGAUGUGAAAAAAGUGCAUUACAAGAAGGCGCUACCGACAAUAAACUACCAAAAGCCCAUGCCUGAAAUAGAGUCCUUGCUGCAGGUGUGGCCACCUGAGUUUGAAGAGUUUCUUAACUCCGAUGUUCAGCUUCCCCCACCCCACAUCGACCUAGAUCUGGAUCAGUACGUGCGCACUCUGUGCUGCAUCCUCGACAUCCCAACGUACAACUCGCUGAUUGACUCCUUGCACGUUAUGUUCACACUUUACCAGGAGUUUCGGGCGAACCAACAUUUUCAGCAUGAGUAG